UCUCCUUCUGCUCCUUGUUCUCCUUCUGCUCCUGGUUCUACUUCUGCUCCUGGUUCUCCUGCUGCUCCUGGUUCUCCGUCUGCUCCUGUUUCUCCUUCUGCUCCUGGUUCUCCUUCUCAUCUGCAUCACUGUCAUCCCUGAGGUUCAAGGACCAGGGAGGACGGAGACGAUCAACAGUCCACUGUCAUGGAGACGAGACACAGCACUCAGAUAUCAGGAUGUCCAAAGCUGCAGAGGAGGAGAAGCCUGGGGCUGAUUAUACUGGAGACAGUUCAGACUCAGACAGAAACAGCCCUGACGACCAGGUUCAGUCGAUGAAAACCAGCCCCUUUACUCUGUCCCCGACGUCCACCGGCAGCAAGCUAAAAAGUGAGGAGAGCUCUGAGAUGACCCACAGCACGGCUCCUCCUGCUCCUCCUGCUCCUCUGACACACCAUCAGCAGCAGCGGCAGCAGCAGCAGCAGCAGCAGCAGGCGGCCCAGCAUCAUCACACACAGCUGAUGCUGGCUGGCAGUCAGCUGGCAGGAGUAAGAAACACACACAGGAAAUGACAUCGUUAGAAAAUGUCCCAGCUCUGACCUCUGACC